GCUGCCCUCUGUCGGCGGCGGCGGCAGCGCAGGAGCCACGUCACUCUGCGAGCAGACCGAGCGCGAAGGAGACGAAAUGAACAUUUUCAGGCUAGCCGGGGAUAUUUCCCACUUGCUGGCUAUUAUUAUCUUGCUGCUGAAGAUCUGGACAAGUCGAUCAUGUGCAGGUAUAUCUGGCAAAUCACAACUGCUCUUCACUCUGACUUAUACUACGCGCUACUUGGAUCUGUUUACCAAUUACAUCUCGCUCUAUAAUUCGUCCAUGAAGGUAAUCUUCUUGGCCACUUCAUUUGCGACACUGUAUCUGAUGUAUGUACGCUUCAAGGCCACCUAUGACCACAACCAUGAUACGUUCCGCAUUGAGUUCCUGCUCGUUCCCACAGUAAUCCUGUCUCUCCUCAUCAAUCAUGAUUAUGCUCCUCUUGAGAUCCUGUGGACUUUCAGCAUCUACCUUGAGACUGUAGCUAUCCUUCCUCAGCUGUUCAUGGUGUCGAAGACUGGUGAAGCCGAGAGCAUUACCUCCCAUUACCUAUUUGCAUUGGGCUCAUACCGUGCUCUGUACAUCUUCAAUUGGGUAUACCGUUAUUAUGCGGAAGGAUUCUACGAUUUGAUUGCCAUUGUUGCUGGUGUUGUGCAGACAGUCCUCUACUGCGAUUUCUUCUACCUUUACAUUACAAAAGUGUUACAGGGAAAGAAGCUCCAGCUGCCAGCCUAAAGGCAGGGGUCUGGAAAGUGGUGCUGCCUGUCACGCGAGUGGAGGGCCAGCACUACCUACUGCAACACUUAGAGCCGACUGGCUUCCCCAUCUCUUUGAUACCUUCUGCAGAGAGUUUAUCAAUACAACUUCUAAGGACAAUUUUGCAUGUAUACUUUCAUUGUGUCUCGAAACUGAAUAGAACAAAGGGGUAUAACAUCCUAACUGCUUUGUGAAAGGCUUGUGUUUAACCUAUCCCAAAAAAGCAAUGCCCAUAGAAUCAGUCUGGAACACCUCCAGAAAGCUGUGAAUUGUAUGUGGUGGGGUGUGCACCUUAGGAACUUUGCUUGAUACAUUUUAUUGGAGGACAGAAAAAAUGAGUAACAUUGGUCGAUGCUUAACUUCAUGUAGUGCCUUUUGGCAUUCUAAGACUAGUUAGAAGACUAGCAGUAAACUAUUGCAGGCGAGAGGAGAAUUGAAAUAGGUAAAUUUACAUUUUGUUUACACCCAUUUACUUGAAGCCUAAUUGGGAAUAUUUAUGUAACAUUCCAGUGGUUUCAUCCUUUGUAAAAGCACAAGUAUAAAGUACUGUAUAUAAAAUUCCUGUCAAUAUUUAUGCAGAUUGAAGUAUUUAAUGACGACAGUGGCGAGCAAUAUUGUGAUUUGGCAAAAUAGGUAUUGAGAGUUCAACCCAGGUGGAACUACUCUCCAUAAGUGAUAUUGGAAUAGCGUAGAUGAGCAGUUCGCACAAGGGUAUAAGAUGACUAGAACGAGACAUGAAUUUUUAUACAUUGUGAAUAUCAGCUGCAUGUUUUUGGUAAUAUAGUAAUUCAGUAAAAAGGAACAUUGAAUAUUUCUUGACUUUAUGCAAUUAGAACCAUAUAAAAUCUAAGUUUUGUACAGGGGGCAUAAGAUUUUUCUGUGACAAAUAUCAUGUCAAGUGUUCGUGCAAGGAGAUGUAGUAAUAUAAAUAACAAUUUUGAGUGCUUUUUCUUUCCUUCAGAUGUAUGGAAGCAAGUUGUGGUUUUAUUUUCGUAUAAUUUCAUCUUUUGUAUUGAAUGAGUGUCUUGUGUGGCAUUAUAGGAAUACAAAUGUGGCAAAAUGUGUGACUUGAGCUUGUGAGCCUGCAAUCCUAUGUGCAUAAGGUUGUCAUAAAAUGUUUUGGCUCUGUUCAUCCUUGCACAUGAAUUUACACAUGCUGUCACAGACUAUUUAUUUUUUCUUGUGUAAACGGCCCAAUAUUUCUAAGGACCUAAAUAUUUAGAUUUUAUUUUCAGCUCUAUAAUGAUAGGCUUCCAAAAUGCACCUUUUGUUUAUGAUAAAUAUCUUUUAUUAAGUUGUCUGUUACUUUUUAUUGAAAUGAACUGAAAAAUGUUAAAAUACAAUAACUUUGUAUGCAUUUCCCUUCUCCAAAAACUCUACAAAGGUAAGGUUUAGUAAACAAAAAUAAGAACAGUAGUACAAAUUGGUUAGUGAACAAAAAGUUGAAAAACGGAUUUGGCUUACACGUUUUGGUAUGUUAAUAUACUGCAAACACUGCUUUACACUAAGGAAGCUUUUGUAUUAUUGAUUCCUGGGUUCACUUCAGAAAAAAGUCCCAUGCUUAUAAAUAACCAUUAACCAUUCAUUUAGCAUAGGCAGUCUCAGACAUCACAGUGUAGGUGGUUGUAACAUUAAUUUGAGAUCCUACAGUUGUUCAAAAAUCCUGAUGUAACCCAGAAAACUGAGCAAUUCAUUUCAACCCUAGGGAUACUUAUUUAAAGUGAGUGAGAGCUGUUGAGUAAUUGGGUCUCUGAGGAAAGCUAACUUGGAUCAGAAAUCUGUGAAACUGUGAUGGUCCAUGUGAAACUCCAAUUAAAGAUACUUUAUUCCAUCAGUUAUAAAGGUUAUUCUUAAAUUUAAUAAUUUUUUUGCUGAUCAUGGCUAACUCUGAAUAUUAUACGUGACUAAUUUUCAUGACUAUGCUGUUGACAUGUAGAUAUAAUAGGCAAAAUGGUUUCAUCUCAUCAUAGGUCAUUUUAUUGUACUUAGGAUUAUAAUUAUAUAGAUUUAACAAUGUCUUCCAAAGAAGUAAAUAUUCCUAAAGAGGAGUGCUUGUUUUGUUUUGCUUAAGAAAUGGCACACACUUUCAGUAUUUAUGAAAUUCAAACGUGUAGGUGUUUUUUUUGUUUUUCAAAACGUGGAAGGAUAUUUACCAAACUUACAAAACUGGGUUUUCUUAAGGUAAAGGAUUAAUGUAUUGAGAAUUUAGAAGCGCUUUUGGGAAAUGUUCUGAUGUUUAUAUGAAAAUAGUUAGAUUCCAGAUUCAUAUCAUUUUUAUAGAAUACUUUCAAAUUCUUAAUGACAAAACCGCAGAUAAUUUCAUCCAUUGUUACCAUCAAUGAACGUAAUGUAAAGGUAUAAAAAAAACUAUGGUCUAAUUUAAGUGGAACUGAAGUUCAAUACUUGUCAUUUGUAUUUUCUUACCUAUAUGAAAGUCAAAAGAGUGAAGAUCAAGAAAGGGCAGUUACAUGAUUUGAUGUGAUUAUUACAGUACAUCUAACCUCUGCAUUGAAAAAGUUGUUAGUAAUCUUGUAGUAAUUAUUUUUCUUUGGGAGAGUGAAAGAAAACUUGUAUGGAGAUUAGUUUUAUUCAAGUGAUUUGAUUACACUGCCUCUUUUGAGGUCUUUCUGUGCAUUUAGAGAAACUAAAUGAAAAAGUUGAAUGCUA